AUGAACAAGCUCUACAUCGGGAACCUGCCCGAGGGCGUCACCGCCGCCGAGCUGGAGAAAGUGUUCGCCGAGCACCAGAUCUCCUUCAGCGGCCAGUUCCUGGUCAAGUCCGGCUAUGCCUUUGUGGACUGUCCCGACGAGCAGUGGGCCAUGAAAGCCAUCGAAACUUUCUCGGGGAAAGUGGAGCUCCACGGGAAGCAGCUGGAGAUCGAGCACUCAGUGCCCAAAAAACAAAGGAGCCGGAAAAUCCAGAUCCGGAACAUCCCGCCCCAGCUGCGAUGGGAGGUUUUGGAUGGAUUGCUGGCCCAGUACGGCACCGUGGAGAACUGUGAGCAAGUGAACACGGACAGCGACACCGCCGUGGUGAACGUCACCUACGCCAGCCGCGAGCAGACCCGGCAAGCCAUCCUGAAGCUGAACGGGCAGCAGCUGGAGAGCCACGCGCUGAAGGUUUCCUACAUCCCGGACGAGCAGCCCGAGAACGGGCGCAGGCCCGGCCCCGCCCGCGGCCCCGCCCGGCCCGGCUCCCCGCCCGCCGCGGGGCUCCCCCAAAAACCGCCCCCCCCGGACGUGCCCCUGCGCCUCUUGGUUCCCACCCAGUUCGUGGGCGCCAUCAUCGGCAAGGAGGGCGCGACCAUCCGCAACAUCACCAAGCAGACCCAGUCCAAGAUCGACGUGCACCGCAAGGAGAACGCGGGCGCGGCAGAAAAAGCGAUCAGCAUCCACUCCACGGCCGAGGGCUGCUCGGCCGCCUGCAGGAUGAUCCUGGACAUCAUGAACAAGGAGGCCAAGGACACCAAGACGGCUGACGAGGUGCCCCUCAAGAUCCUGGCCCACAAUAACUUCGUGGGGCGCCUGAUCGGCAAAGAGGGGCGGAACCUCAAGAAGGUGGAGCAGGACACGGAGACCAAGAUCACCAUUUCCUCGUGA